GAGAGUUCAGAAAUUACAAAGACUGGAAGAGAGUCAUAGCAUUGAAAGAACCAUACCGGUUUAGGGCCAACAAACAGGUAUACAGUACUUCCCUUUGUCUAGCACAUGAGACAGCACUGAACAUGUGGACUUUGUUAUUUGUAGCAUUUGCUACUGGAUCACCAGCUCUACUUCAGGCAGCCCCGAUUCAGGGUUCUAGUGACAGAUGCAGCUUUGCCGGUGUUUUCCAUGUUGAGGGAACCAGCCGUUACUCUCUAACUUUCCAACAGGCUUUGGAAUUGUGUCGGAGUUUAGGUUACAAACUCGCAACACAGGAACAGGUCAAUGCGGCUUAUAAAAAAGACUUGAGAACAUGCAGAUACGGCUGGAUAGAUGGACAAAAUGUCAUGUUCCUCCCAAACGUUAAUGGUCCAAACUGUGACUCCAGUUCCACCGAGAUCACCUUCCGCCCCGAAGCAGCAGAUUAUCUUUCUGAUGUCUACUGCUUUAACCCAUCUGAUGCAUCACUGAACUGUGUUGGUAAUGAUAAAUCUAACUCUGAGGGCUUAACCAAUGGAAACACAGCCACAGCAAAUGAAAAAACACAUGAAGACAUCCUUACAGAGGUCGAAACUGAAGGCUUUCUAGUAGAUUUGGAAAAGAUUAUCGGAAGAGUGAAAAGAGAAACUUCUUUUCUGAACCCGUCAUCUGUGCCUGCCUUGGAGGGACCCUCUACAACGACACACAAUGAAGACAGCAAAGGCCCUACAAGCAAUCCUCUUUUUAGGAAGAGCACUUCCUCUGUUACCUCCAGUAUUUUGUUCCCAGAUACAGAGGGCAGUGGAUCAGGAAUGAAUGAGAACGUUUUUGAAGUUCCUAGUCAAUUCACAAUGACAGCAAUUACAACAGGGGCAGCUGAGAGUACAUCCAUUCAAAACAACAAUGAGGAGGAAAUAAAGGAUUCAAAAAACCGAAUGCUGAAUGCCAGUCUUACAGACACACAGAAUGAUGAAGAAUCCGAUUUACUUCCAUCACCUAUUCAUAAAGAUGAUGGACCAUCUACUUGGCUGAUAAUCUUUGCAUUCUGUGUUGUUGUUGGAGCCAUAGUAUGCAUACUUGCUGCGAUUGCUACCAGAGACAAGUGGUAUGGACCAAGAAAGAGCAGAAAUAUCACAACUGAAGUGCACAACAAAGACUACAGUAAAACAGAAACACUGCCACUGUCAGAUAAAGAGCAGGAGGUAGUGUCACUGAUGAGCGUUGCGAAGCUGAAUGGUAAAACGGAUGAAAUUACUGCUACCUGUCUGGAAGAGCGUGAGAAAGAGUAUUUAAUGUAAUGUUUUAACACUGUGUAUUAACAGGUUUCAACACUUCUGUACUUUUUAUUUGCACUAGUGAUGUUUUUUAUUUAGUGCAGUUUGCUUUCUUUUUUUUUGCCUCAAAAUUGAAAAAAAAAAGAUUAUUGUAUUUCACAUUUCUUUUCUAAUGUAUAGUAUUAUUAUUGUUUUCUCCAAUAACAGAAAAUGCUUAAUAUCUCUUAAUGACUGAUGGUUAAUAAUGAAAUGGUGAGAAAACAUUUUUAUACUGGUUUUCAUCUGUUCGUAAGUACUAUGUACUGUGUGAGAUAUGAUGCAUUUUUAAAUGUGAGACAUCGCCCCAUCUUUUAUAAAUAGAGAAACUUUAUGCAUUUUAUGCAAUGAAGCAAAUGUAAAUCUUUCCAUUUGUUAAAUUACCCAUAAAGAUGUAUUUUUGUCAUCUCUAGAGCACCUUUAUGUGGGAUGAAUCUUUCAAUAAAAUAUAUAAAAUUUGAAAA